AUGGGAUUAUUAGGAUCUCGUCUCAAUUCUUUUCCAAUGGAGGGGUAUUUGAAACUGAAUCCCGACGAUGGCGAUCCAUUAAAUGAUCCAACCAAAUACAGAAGAUUGGUUGGGAGAUUGAUUUACCUAACAGUAACAAGGCCAGACUUAGUAUACUCUGUGCAAAUCCUAAGUCAAUUUAUGCAGAAUCCUCGGAAACCACAUUGGGAAGCUGCUCUAAGAGUUUUGCGUUUCAUUAAAGGGAAUCUUGGUCAAGGAUUACUCUUUCCUUCAUUCAAUGAUCCUACGUUAAAGGCUUAUUGUGAUUCAGAUUGGGCGGGUUGUGAGACAACUCGAUGUUCAAUUACGGGAUUCUGUGUAUUUUUGGAAAAUUCUUUGAUUUCUUGGAAAUCAAAGAAACAAACCAAUGUGGCUCGUUCUUUCGCUAAAGCCGAAUAUCGAGCCAUGGCUGCAACAUGUUCGAAAAUUACAUGGAUACGACAUAUUUUGGAAGAUCUCAAAGUUCCACAAAGCCAGCCAACAUCCUUAUUUUGUGACAACCAGGUAGCUCUCCACAUUGCAAAAAUUGCGAUUUUCAUGAACGCAUGA